UCUGUUGGGUUAUCAGUGGGGCAGAUCCCGCGGUAUUUUGCAGCUCGUAUAGAAGCUGUCAACAUUCGGGUUGAGUCCUGUCCUGUUUCAGGUUGCUCUUUGACUCCGUGGACGCUGGAGUUUUAGCUCCGUGACCCUGUCACGGCCGUGGCUGAGCGUCCCGGGCUGACCGCGCUCUUUGUGACGCUCUGAAGUGAAUGGCCCAGACGGACAGAGAUGAGCUGGGCUGAGGAGGAUUGGACGGUGGGCCUCUCUGGGAGGGUCCUGCAGAAGGUGAAGGAGCUGCAGGUGUUUAAGGAGCGACUCUCCAGAGAGAACAAGCAAAAGCAGCUUCAGCUGGACAAUAUUCAUACCAGCCUUGAAAAACAAACAGCGAAGUAUGAGGAGGUCCGUGGGGAGCUGCAGUUUGUUCAGAGAGAUCUGCAAAGCGUUAGGGAGGAGGCCGAGGCGGCCGUGACCGGCAAAGAGCGCCUCGCCCAGGAUCUCCACACCAAGCAGGCCCAGGUCUGCUCUCUGGAGGGGCAGCUCGACGCGGCUCGUAACCAAAACAUCCACCUCAGCCAAGAAAUCAAGAGAUUGGAAGCUGAGCUGGAAAAGCUGCAGAACAGCAGCCGGCACACAGAGACCACUCUGUUUUCCACACCCUGCUGGACUGCAUCCUCACCCUGGGAACACAAUGGGAGCAGACAGGAAGACAGAUCCGGGCAGCGGGACGAAGGACAGAGCCGGGGUCAUCACAUCAGACAGCGGCUCCAGUUUUCAGAAGCGUCCGUACCGUCGCUGCCUCGACAGCAGCAGAAGAGCACACCGCUCCGCCACCCAUCUGACCAGUCGGAUGUCUUUUCCACACCUUCGGCGGUGUUUCCAUGGGAACGAGAUGACUCUGGACCUGCAUCCAGAAGACGACCUGCGUCUUCUCCUCAGGCGCCGAGCCCUGAGGUCCUGCAUCAAGGCCGCUUGGACCGGAGCUCUGAAGAAAGGGUCCAUAAGACGGAAACAGACAUAUCUUCAUCAGAGCUGCAAAGUCGUCUCUCGGCUCUGGAGGACCAACUGUCAGAGAAGGUUGGGAAUCUGAAGACGGUCCAGAAUGAAAUGGGGCUGAUGAAGAAGGAGCUCGCUGCUAAAGAGCUGGAGCUGCAGAAAACCCAGGAGGAGCUCAAUAUGGCGCACACACGGCUGGCUCAGGACAAAGAACGGGCAUCAGAAGUUGAGCACAAGCUGAAGCAGCUUCAGGAGGAGCUCAAGUGCCAGAGGCAAAAUGCAGAGAGCAGUCGGCUUCAGCACCAGCAGCGCACCAAGGAGCUGGAGAAAGUGCACCAGAAGGAUUUGGCAGAGCUGCAGAAGGAGAGGCAGUGUGUGGAGAAGCAGCACCAGCAGGAGGUGAAUAAGCUGAACCAGGAGCUACAGCAGGCCAGGUCUCUCCACAACGCUCUGCAGGCCCAGGCUGACAAGCUGACUCUGCAGAAGCAGGCGUUGGACAAAGACCUGGAGUCUCUGAAGGAGAAGCUGAAGUGGACGGAGGAGCAGCUGAAGGAGAGCCAGAAGAAAGAGACUCAGACACAAGCCAAGCUGACGGAAGCCGUUCGUGAGGCGGAGGGUGUGGCAGUAACCCUGGAGCAAAGCAGGAAGAGAGAGCGAGCUCUGGAGGAGGAGGGGAGGAGACUGCAGGAGGAGCAAGCUGACACCCUGCGUCUCCUCAAAGAACUGCAGGAACAAAAAGCUCCUGCAGCAUUGACUCAGCCUGCGCCGUUUGGACCCGUUGGACAGAGUUUUUCCUCUCCGUCUCGAGCCGCAGCCCACAGCAGGAGGACCACAGCUUCCCAGUCGGAUCAGAACAGGGAUGGGAGCAGGGCUGAAGUCACAGCAGCAUGUCCUUCUGCCAGAGAGCCAGGGGAGGGAAUCGACGCCGAGCAGAUCAGCAUCACAAACUCUGAGCGUCAACAGAAAGUGGGACAAAGAGAAGAAGCUGAUAAAGACGGAGAGACCCAGAGAAACAUUGCAGAUGUUGAUCGAGCAACAACUGCUGAAGAUCCAGCUGCCACAGGAGGUGUGAAGAUCGAACAUGCACAACUUCCUAUAUCUGAGGAACCCGCUUCAUCUCAGGACCUCAAGAGGGAGAACGUCGGCCUCCGCUCGGAGCUCCGCGAUGUCCGUGAAGAACUCCAGAGAAGGCUGGAGGACCUGGAGGCCCAGCGGCGGGCCGAGACGGAAGCGAGGACACGCCUCAAACAGCUCAGCCGUAAGCACUCCACCCAGGCGGCGGAGAGGGAGGAGAGAGAGAAGGACCUGAAGGUAAAGUUGGAGAAUGAGAAGGCUGAGACGGAAAGGCUGAAGAGGAGCAUUGCUGCUUUGGAGGCAGAGAUGAAGAGAAGCAGAGAGGAGGCAGAGAAGCAGGAAGAGGAGACGAGCACCACUCAGAAUGACAGAGAGAGCGAGCUGAUCGAGCUGAACAUCCAGCUGAAGAAUCAGCUGGCAAUUGUGAAAGCUCAGCUGGCUUUGGAACGAGAGGAACGAAAGGCGGAGGAAGAGGAGAGAAACCAAAGGAUGAGCACAGAUUCUGAUGUGAACACAGAGCUUAGCUUGAAGCUCGCAGAGAUCAUGGCUGACGUCGAGGAGCUGAAGCACAGAAGAGAAGAAGACUCGGUAGAAGAUGAGAAGCUUUCCACCUCCAGUAGCCCCCUUCUCAGCCUUCCUGAUGACGAACUCACCUCCAACACUGGUUGCUCUGACAACAGUCUCCUGUCCUCCCCAGAGGAGCACCUCCUCUUCUGCGAGUCUACCAACCAACGCAACGCUCUCCUGUCCACAGAAACUGAAGACAUUCUCUGUCUCAGCGGUCAAACAACCGAAGAAACCUCGGAUCAGAUCAAGCUUUCUUCAUCAGACCUCCAGCCCCCGACCUCUGACCUCACUAAGGUGGUGGAGGUCCUGCAGACAAAGUGUGCAAAGGAGUCAGAGCGGGCCAAAAAGUACAGAGAUAAAUUUGAGGCCCUGCAGAUCCAGGUAACGCGUCAGACCAAAGAGCUGACCACUGCCUUCGAGAAGCAGAGUCAGCACAUCUCAGGCCUUCUUGCUGAGCUGCAGGAGAAAGAGAGCGCCCUCUUGAGCCAGGGAGAGGAAUUGAAGCAAUGCAAGCAAGAGUUGAACGAACUAAAGCAGGAAGAAAACAAUGUGGUAACACUGACAGCUGACAGAGAGACUGAAGAGAGAAAAAGAGAUGAAGAGCUUAUAGAGAAAUCAGAACUUAUACAGGAGGAAGAGGCUGUUGCUCCUCUUCCCUCUUCAGACUUAAAUAUUCAAAAAGAAAUAAUUCAGCCCAAUGUUGAGGAAUGUGAAGCUGAAAUGCCUCCACCUGUUGGUGGUGAAGGUGAAAGUGCAGCUGUAACCUCUGGAGAGAGGUCUGCAGUCGGUCCCUGUGAUUCUGUUGGUGAGGAGGAAGAGAUUCAGCUCAGCCAAAAUGGAGAGAGAGUCGACACGUUAGCAGAACUUCAUGUCCUCAGACAGGAAAAGCAGCUGCUGCAGCAGAGAGUCAGGGACUUCACUAACAUUGACACCAGAGACCAAACUUCACAGACUGACAGCCAGAAUCAGAACCACACAGAAAACACGGCCUGUUUGGCAGGGGAAGAUCUGCUGAAGAAUGAGGCAGCAACAGACCAGCAGCUGCUAAUAAAUCUGAAGAGGAGUGAUGAUGGAGGUCAAGAUUUGGAAGGAGAAAACACAAGUAGCAUGAGUGGUGAAAGAAAUGCAGAGGACAUGACUGAGAUUCAGAUAAACCGUCUGCAGGAUCAGGUGGAGGCGCUGCAGAGACGAGUCAAGACUCUCACUGAGGAGACCGAGGUCCAGGCCCAGGAGCUCAACUUAUGGAGACUAUCGUCUCAACCUUCCUCUGCAGUCCAACACUUACUCACCAACGCAGGCGAUGGGAGCGAAACGCUGCGACAGAUUUCUGCUGACAGUCGGCCUGAACCCACAGAAGAGCUGACCAAACGCCUCGCUCAGACCGGCCACAGCCAGGUCCAGAAGAACCCAGACAUCAUCACGGUCAUCAGGGAGGAUGAAGUAUCGCUCUGCUGCUCCUCUAGAAAGCUACAGGGUCGCCUACUGUUCUCCAGACUUCAGAACAGCAGCCUUCCUGAACCAAAGAGCCUCCGUUCACCUAAGAAGUCUCUUCAGGAACAGACCCGGAGCGGUGCAGAGUUUGACCCGGAAUCUGAAAAAGAAAACCAGGAGAUAAACUUGCAUUGGUCAGAAAACAAAUCGAAGAAAGAUGCAAAACUCAUCCAAGUGUCAUCGCAGAAUAUUGCUCAACACCAUGGAGCCAAAGAUCUCAGCUUCUCAGGAUCAAGACUAAGCAAAGUGCAACAUUUCCACACAGAAACCCAACAGACCAAACCGGACUCCUUCAGAGGAGCCGGUGACUUUGAAACACCGAUUUACCCCAACGACAGUAAUAUGAAGGUAGAGGCUGUGAGUGUCGGCAGUCAAACUGAGGGCAGUUUGCUAUCUUGUGGAGUUUCCACGGCGUCUGCAGCCUCUCAGACCGAGCAGGAUUUCAGCGAUGAGGAAGAGUCAGUCGAAUCUCCUCCUGUUUCUCCCGUUAGUUCAGCGGAGAAGACGGAAGCAGGGGAGAAAAUGUUGCUCUCUGGUUCUUUUCCCAUCCCGGCCGAUCCAGCUCGUCUCGCUGAAAGGAUCCGCCGCAACAGAACGCAGAUGUCGGCCGCCUUCGACGACACGGAGUAUGAGCCGUACGGCCUGCCAGAGGUCGUCAUGAAAGGCUUUGCUGACAUCCCCACUGGCCCGUCGUGCCCAUACAUCGUGAGAAGAGGUUUGUUAGGAACAGUUCAACCUUUGUCUAAGAAAGAACCACGAGAAGACGGGGAGACAGAUUAAAGCGAAGCAUCAGAUCUAGCAGGAGGAGCUGGUCACUUUGGGAGGAUUCUCUCCUCUGUCUGUUACCCGGCAGGUGACUGGGCCUGACGAGCUGCUCUCCUCCAAUGCGGUUCUGAACGGCUUUAAUUAUUUCACUCUGAAGUUGCUGUUCGGAGGCUCUAAUCUACACCCACCUGUGUGAUCAGACCGUAGGUUUGGGAUUUAGUGACGCUUGUUUCUGUUCUUGAACUUCUCUUCCAAAAGGAUUGUUUUGUUUUCUUCUUGCUCCUGCGUCGGGCGGCUUCAGCUUGCCUUGACUUAAACGGUGCCUCGUCGCCGUUUCUCUAAACCUGUCCAGAUAAGUUUGACUUGUUUUCCAAGAGGGUCGAUCACGUAGUGAGAACACGUUUAAAAUUUUCCCGUUCUAACCUAUUAAGCUUUUUUAUUUAUGGACUCUUGAAUGUGUUUUAUUAGUGGGUGGGUGGGAUGAACGUUUACAGAAGUGUGUGUGAAAAACAUUAGCUGUGAAAAUUAACAUGUGUGUCCUCAUCUUGAUGUCACUGUUUGUAUAUAAGUGUGUGUGUGUGUGUGUGUUGGGUGAGCACACGUCUAUGAGUCAGUGUAACCUGCGCUGGUUUCCGCUCCAUGUAUGGAGAUACACACUGAGCUCCUUCUCUCCUUCCCCGUCCUGCACUGACAACCACUCUAACACUAGCUGGCUUUAAAGCCACUUUAAAAAAAACAACAACUGAAGUUUAAAUUCGUGGGAUCCUGCAGAGUCUGGAAAGUUAUGGGAAAACAUCUGGUCGUCCUGCUUGCGGAAUGUGAAACUAGAAAGAUCCUUUUGGUUUUCGACAGCAUAAAAACUCACAAUGUUUGUGCCCGUUUCUCUGUUACCUAGAAAUGGGAACACAGUUUUACAGAGUGAACAUAACAUCACAUUUCAUUGAGGGAAACCUCAGUGAUGUCAGUAGAAAUUAUAAACUGAAUGAUCCACAUAGAUACAGCAAUCGUUUCCCUCUGAACUUUUCCCAGUUUUCUCGUUACAAGCACAAACAUCUUUGAAAAAAGUUACUUGAUCAAAGUUCGUUCCUCCACAAGAUUUUCUCUGUCGUGUUGCUUAUGGGGAACUUUAAACCAGGGAUUAUUUAUGGCGCCUGUUCUGAUGUUGUGCACCCUCUUUAAGCCACCAGCGUAGGUGACUGAUGCAGACAGAGUCUUUUUUAACCUGUUGUCUUGCAGCAAAAAUGUUCAAAUUCCAGACUUGAGUGUUUUUUUUUUUUGGAGGACAAUUACUUGUCCUCCACUUGAAUGGGUUUUUGCAUUUUCUCCGGCUUCUUCCCACGUGAUGGACAUGUGACCAAUGACUGCUGGAGGCCCUGCAGGAAUAAGUGGGUAUAGACAAUGGAUGGAUUGUUUUCCUUCCACUUACUGAUUACGUUCUACUUGCAUUUAAGUCAUAAAAUCCCAGUAAAUUCCUCAGAUGUUUGUGUUUGUAUCAGGAAAAUGAGAAGAAUACUAUAAUGCAGGGUUGUCUUGUUACCACAAGUCAAAUCUUUCUUUUAAAUUGUUCUCUUUCUGGACAAAUGUUUCAGACUAAACUCAUUGUUUUCACCUCAGUGUUGGUGUUGAAUGUAAGGUACUGGAAACCAGCAACCAUGAUGCUGAUCAAUCUAGUCAGUUGAACUCAUUUAUACACGGUGCCGGUUUAAUUAUCUCAAACCUAAACCUGACACAAGUCAUGUCCAAAUGUAUUGAAUCCAGUUGGCUUUGAAUCAUAUUUAUUUUACUUAUUAAUCAAGUUUAGAUCAAACAUGAUGAUUUAAUCCUCACAACACAAUCAGAUUCAGUUGAUCACAUAAUGCCGAUUCGUGGCCUUAAUUUUUCAGCAAUCUCUCGUCUCCAGUAAGAAUGUGGCGACAGUGAAGAGAAACAGUCAGAACUGGACUUCUUUAAUAUUUUUGUUAUAAAAAAAUAAAAUUAAUUGUUAUUUUUUUCUUUUUGAGGUUAUUAAACCUUAUGAGUACGGAAGGAAAUAUGACUUUUAGUCGACUUGAGCUCUGGUUUCACAAUUAUGUUGUGGGAGUAACUUGUUACGUUUUCUUCACAAAUCCAGUUACAUACAACAAUGAAAAUGUGCACAUAAAUUUUCUCUUUGGUUUUUCCAGGAUAAGUCUCAUGCCUUUCUAUCGCCUUAUAAAAUGCUCUGUUAAAGGGAAUCAUAACAUUACUUCUUUUUUUUUUUACUAAAAAGGAUCAACUUGUCUGAAGAUAAACCAAGAAUUUCUGAAUAUUUCAGACUGAACUAAAUGGCCUUGAUAGAUAAACUCAAGUGAUGACGCUCUGGGAGCUGCAGGCUCCCCCAUCCUGCUGCUGCUGGAACGUCAUCCUUUCCUCUCUGUUUUUAGUUGGAUCAACGCAGUUAAAAACUGUUUGAUUUGCUUUUAUUAGGCCACUUUUCAUUAACUUGAACAUACUUUAUUAAGAUCUUGUAGUCUAGAAUGUUUUAAACGUACUUGAAUUGUUUGAAUGUGCAUAUGAGUGCUUUAGUUGUGUUUUGAAGUGGAAUUAGUGAAGCUACAUCAGAUCUGCCUUUUAUUUUUUUUAUUUAAAUGCUGCCGUUCUCUCCUGGCAUUACCUGUUGACUCCACCUGAGCUGUUCAGCCUUCAUCUUUAGUCUGAUUGUGAGCAGGGAAACUGAGUCUGUUACCUUCCUUCAAUGUGUCUGUUUUUUUCAAUUACAAUAAAACUUUUGCUCCUGUUUUAA